UGUUUCCCCUGCCAAAAGGGAGAAGAAGGGGGGGGGGAGGCAAGGAGGGAGGAGGAUAAAUAUAAAAGUCCGAGAGCGCAGGCGAUUUCCUCCAGAAGCAAGUGAGACCCUCCAACGUCUAGUCGCAAUUUCGGGAGCACCCUGUGAAGAAAAGGAUGGGUGACAUCGAGAAGGGCAAGAAGAUCUUCGUGCAGCGAUGCGCGCAGUGCCACACGGUGGAGGCCGGCGGCAAGCACAAGACGGGCCCCAACCUGCACGGCCUCUUCGGGCGCCAGACGGGGCAGGCCGCCGGCUACGUCUACACAGAUGCCAAUAAGUCCAAGGGCAUUACUUGGGCCUCUGAUACCCUUGAUAUCUACCUGACCAACCCCAAGAAGUACAUCCCCGGCACCAAGAUGGUGUUCGCCGGCCUCAAGAAGAAGGGCGAGCGAGCGGACCUGAUCGCCUACCUCGAGGACUCCACCAAGUAAACGAGACACUUCGCGAGAGACUAAACAGAAGCUGAUAAACACGAGACGAAGAAAACUGGACUGACGUUAAGUGGCUCCGGCGUGCACUGACUCUCAUGCACGCGGAACCCCAUAUAUAUAUAAAUACAAAAAUCACUCUAUUUAGUCUUAGUCGCUGGACCAAAACCUGCUACCUGCUCCUCCGUCAGCUGAGAAGGGGCAGGUAGCGACACUUUCUCCAGAGUUCUCGGACGGCCAUCACUUGCCCUUGGACGAACACAGCUGAUCUCCACUCCCCGAAGAACUACUAUAUCCUCCAGACGCAAGAAACGAAGAGGAGAGAAACACCGAGACGGCAAAGGAGAGAAAGAGGAACUAAAUCAGUUCCUCUAGACGGGGGGAGGCGUGCGAGAGGGAGAUGGCCAGGUUCAUCGUCCAAGUGUGUGGAUGCAGCUCUUCUGAGACACUCACUUGCAUUUCAUCAUCACUUGUGUAUACUUCAUGUUAAACUUCAUGUAUUGUUAUCUUCAUCUUACCCGGGUGAGAAAUGACAUAUAGUGUGUUAAUAAACUGUAUAUUUAGC